GCGAACUGUAUAUCUUCACUUAUUUUCCUUUUUUUAAGGGAGGGGUCGUCGUGAAAGAGGAUAACCGGCGCCACUGGGUGGAGGCUGAGAGCAAACGCAAUGGCUCUUUCAUUUGCUAAAUCCACUUUCCUCUCCAACCCCACUUUAUACUUUCCCAAGAAUGGCAUUAGAGGCUUUGGACUUCUCCUCCCCUUCUCUUCAUUUUCUACUUCCUCUGCUCUUCCCAAGAGGAGGCAAACAGUAGUCUCUGCUCUUGAGCUUGGUGGAGUCAAGAUUUCUAAAGAUGAAAUAGUAAGGGAUGACCCCACAAACAAUAUUCCAGAUACAAUAUUUGCAAAGCUCGGAAUGCAGCUUCAUAGGAGGAACCAGCAUCCGCUUGGCAUCCUUAAGAAUGCGAUCUAUGAUUAUUUUGACACAAACUAUCCGGACAAGUUUGACAAGUUUGAUGAUCUGUGCCCAAUUGUUUCUAUUAGACAGAACUUUGAUGAAGUCUUGGUACCUGCUGAUCAUGUUAGCAGGAGUUACAAUGACACAUAUUAUGUGGAUUCUCAAACUGUUCUAAGGUGCCACACAAGCGCACAUCAAGCUGAGCUACUGAGGAAUGGACACACCCAUUUUCUCGUUACCGGAGAUGUGUACCGUAGAGAUUCGAUUGAUGCAACUCACUACCCUGUAUUCCACCAGAUGGAGGGUGUACGGGUCUUUGCUCCAAAUGAUUGGGAGGGUUCAGGUACUGAUGCGACGUCACAUGCCGCAGAAGAUUUAAAGAAAUGUCUUGAGGGUUUGGCACGACAUCUAUUUGGUGGUGUGGAAAUGCGCUGGGUUGACACUUAUUUCCCCUUUACUAAUCCAUCAUUUGAACUGGAGAUAUAUUUUCAG